UAGUUAUGAUUAAUUCUGAGGAUUCAAACGAAAGUGAUAAAAAAGAAAGCUCAAAUAUUAAUAAACUUGAAUAUAAAGAAUACCUUUUAGCAUUAAAAGAAUAUGGAAUGACUUUAAGAGAACAAAGGUUUAUUCAAUUGAAUUAG